CAAUAUCUAGCCUUUUCCCCUUUUAAUUUAUUGUUUUUUCCCGAGUUUCAGCAAAUAAUGAGUCUUUCGAAUGAGCAUAGUGUUAAUAGAGCUAUGAAUCCUUGGGUUCUUCAUCUUCAAAAACUGGGUCUGGAGCUUAAAUGUCCUCUCUGUUUGAAUUUGUUUAAACGGCCAUUGUUGAUGCCAUGCGACCAUCUGUUUUGCGAUUCAUGCAUAGCCCUAACUGAGUUUGGAUCAGAGUGCCCUAUUUGCAAAUCCCGAUGUGCAGAUCGAGAUCUAAGGCCUUUGAUCUUCAUGGAGAAUAUAGUGGGAAUCUAUAGAAGUUUGGAUGCAGCAUUUACUGCAAAUCUUUCUCAUUCUAUUGAAGACGGUGUUGGCAAAACUGAUAAAUUUGAUAAGUGCAGCAUUCGAAGGUGUAUUUCGGUUAAAGGUUAUGAUACUCCUAACAAAGAUGUGGUUACAUUUGAUAGUUCCGAGAAAGUUGGCUUGCAUGUUAAUCAAGUGGAUCAAGCAUCGCUCAGCCCUCCUUCCAGUGGCGAUACAAAGACAUCCGGCAAUGAUAGUGAACAUAGUCUUGGAAACUAUUCAUCCAAGGGUGCUGGUAAGAGAAAUUUUGAUGAUAUGAUAAGUCAAAAGCAGGACAAUUAUUUUUUAGGGAUUGACGGCCAUUCUUUGGACUCCAUUGGUCAAAAGCGGUUGAACUAUGGGGAGUUAGAUAUGGUUGUCAAGCCUAUGGAUCAUUGUCAAACAAUUCAGAAUGCUCAAAAUGUGGUGACUUCCGAUUGUCAAUUAGGAUCUCGAAAUGAGCCAUCCCUUGCUGUUUCAAAUCUUCCUGUGACAUCAGAUAACCUGUGUGGAAGUACAACCAUUUGCGCAUUUUGCCAGUCCUCUAGAAUGUCCGAGGCCACUGGAGUAAUGCUACAUUAUCUCAAUGGAAGACCAGUAACAGGAGAUGCAUCAUUCAAUUCAAAUGUUAUACAUGUUCACAGCUCAUGUAUUGAAUGGGCACCUCAAGUGUAUUAUGUUGGCGAUUCUGUUAAGAAUCUUAAGGCGGAACUUGCAAGGGGUGCGAAGUUGAAGUGCAGCAGAUGUGGGCUAAAGGGGGCAGCACUUGGCUGUUAUGUGAAGUCUUGCCGCAGAAGUUAUCAUUUCCCUUGUGCAAAAGAGAUUCCAAAAUGUCGAUGGGACCAUGUAAACUUUCUUGUGCUUUGUCCUGCCCACUCUUCUGUCAAGUUUCCAAGUGAGAAGUCUAGAAAAACCCACUCUUCAUCCAAGUUUCCAAGUGAGAACUCUAGAAAUGCCCACUCUUCAUCCAAGUUCUUGAAUGAUAAGUCUGGAAAUUGUGCGCCUGCUAAUGAUGUCAUGCCAAAUGAAAGUGGUCAGCUGAAAUUUAACACCUUUUGGGGCCAGCCAGAAAAUAAAAAAGAUUGGGUUUUCUGUGGAUCUGCUUUGUCUUCAGAGGAGAAGUUCCUUUUGAUCAAGUUUGCAAAAAUGAUUGGCGUAAUUGUAACAAAGUUUUGGAGGUCGGAUGUCACUCAUGUGAUUGCUUUUACGGAUGAGAAUGGUGCAUGCACCAGGACACUUAAAGUUCUCAUGGCCAUUUCAAAUGGGAAAUGGGUUCUUAACAUAAAUUGGAUAAAGGAAUGCAUGAAAGCUAUUCAUCCUUUGAACGAAGAACCUUACGAAGUAAGCCUCGACAACCAUGGGUGUUGUGAUGGCCCGAAAACUGGCAGAUUCAGGGUGUUGAAUAAUGCACCGAAGCUCUUUAAUGGCUUUAACUUUUAUUUUGUGGGUGACUUUGUGUCUGGUUAUAAGGAGGAUCUUCAAAAUCUGGUUGCCACUGCAGGCGGUAAUAUUUUGGGAAGAAUGGAGGAUCUAAUUGAACAUAAUAAUAGUGGCAGUGAUCAAAUAGCUCAAACAAAGACGGUUCUUGUGUAUAAUUUGGAUGCACCUCAAGGUUCAGAGUUGGGAGAAGAAGUUACUAUUAUUUGGCAGAGGGUUAGUGAAGCAGAAGAUUUAGCCACAAGAAUAGGUGGACAAGUCAUUGGUCACACAUGGCUUUUAGAAUCAAUUGCAGCAUGUAAAUUACAGCCUUUUGUCAACAAAGAUUCAUAGUUUAUCAUUUUUAGCUGGA